AUGGCUUCAUGGUUUACAGCUUCGAACUCCUCCCUGGAUGACCAGGUCGAGAAAGCUACCGGAUCAAGCCUGGAGGAUAUGGCACUAAAUCUCGAGAUAUCCGAUAUUAUUCGGAGCAAGACUGUACAGCCUAAGGAAGCUAUGCGCUCGUUGAGAAAACGCAUAGGGCACAAAAAUCCCAACAUUCAGCUAGCAGCCUUAAACCUUACUGAUACUUGUGUCAAGAAUGGUGGCUCCCAUUUUCUCACUGAGAUUGCAUCUCGUGAAUUCAUGGAUAAUCUCGUUUCUCUAUUGAAGGCUCCUUACCCGAUUGACCCAAAAGUCGAAUCUAAAAUGCUGGAGCUUAUCCAAACUUGGGCCUCUGCUUUUGAAGGGCAGCCCCACCUGUCUUACGCAAACCAGAUAUACCGUCAACUACAAACAGAAAACUUUCGUUUCCCGCCCCCAACCAAGGUUUCAUCGACCUUUGUAGACUCAUCAGCGCCACCUGAUUGGACCGAUUCGGAUGUUUGCAUGCGCUGUCGGACCCCUUUCACUUUCACGAACAGGAAGCACCACUGCCGUAACUGUGGAAAUACCUUCUGUGGAACCUGUUCUUCAAAGUCAAUACCAUUGCCACACAUUGGAAUAGUUCAGGCUGUGCGUGUUUGUGAUGGAUGUCAUACAAAACUGACAGAACGACGAGCUCCUGUGGCUCCUGUGGGUUCUCCAAAGCAUCAUGGAGGUCAUAGUCAAAGGCAUUCGACUUCGAAGCCCAAAGCACAAUCUGCCCCAAUGCAACCAAGAAAUGCUAGGGUUGAAGAUGAUGACGAUGAAGAUCUUAAAAUGGCUCUAAAAAUGUCGCUGGAGGAGGCUACGGGUAAAGCAAGCGCCGGUUAUGUUUCGCAGCAGCAGUUGCAGGCCCAAAAGCAGGUUACUCAAGCUACUUCAGUGGCCUCAUAUACCGAAGCGCAGCCUUCAAAAUCCGCUCAACAACACACCCGGGAGGGGAAUCCCCCUGAAGAAGACGAGGAUGAAGAGCUAAAAGCCGCGAUUGCCGCGAGCCUAAGGGACAUGGAGGUGCAGAAGGCCAAAUCAGCCUGGUCAAAUCCCAGUGCUGCUGCAAAAUCCACCGCUUUUCAAGCCAAUAUAGCGCGCAGGCCUGACCAUGAGUUGAGUCCGGGAGAGGCGGAGAACAUCAACCUGUUCGCAACACUAGUGGACCGAUUGCAGACUCAGCCACCAGGAACGAUCUUAAGGGAACCGCAGAUUCAAGAAUUGUAUGAAAGUAUUGGGACGUUAAGGCCAAAGUUGGCUAGAACAUUUGGUGAAACUAUGAGCAAAUAUGAGGCGUUGUGCGAUCUUCAUGCAAAGCUGGGAACAGUUGUCCGCUAUUACGAUCGGAUGUUAGAGGAGCGGCUUAGCUACACCUAUGGGCGGCACGGUGUAUCAUCGCCAGCCCCAUACCAACAGCCCCCAGCUAGUAGUAAUGCGUACCCAAAGCUGCCAUCGGCCGAAAAUUAUUAUGGUAGGAGCGAUUCUUCCGCUCCUCAGAAUAACUACCCUCCUCCACAAACAAACUAUCAAAACUAUUAUACCCAGCCGCAUACGUUCGACAAACAAGGGUCAUUUCCUGGACAGCCCGAACCACAGCCAAACCCGCAAACACAGUAUCAACAAACAUCUACUCCUCAAGCGCCAUACCAAUAUAACGGCUACGACAAUCCCAAUCCCCCACCACAAAACGAUUCCACCGUGACUCCUACCCAACAGCCUUCAGAGCCCCCGUCAGCACCAAUUUCGAGACAGCAGCCUCUCCAUCAGCAGCACACAGGGCCCUCGGCACAGCAUCAACAGCCCAUGCAAACUUCACAGCCUGCCCAAGAAAAUUCUUACUGGCAGUAUCCUAAAGCUGGACAGGAGCCUGGAUAUCAAUAUCCAUAUUCACCUCAUUCACAACAACAAGUACCUUGGCAGCAAGGGUCUAAUGCACCUCCCGGUGGUGGACAAUAUACAUAUCCUCCUCCUCACGGUGUGAGCGAAGCCUCGGCAUCUACCCCUGUUCAAAACCCGCCACCACAGUCACAGCCAAAAGCAGUAGAAGAGAGUUUGAUCGACUUGUAG